AAUCCAUGGAACCCGCUAAUUUAGAACCCGCCUACCUUCCCUGUCAAUCUCAGCCGGGAAACUAGCGGUAUAACCGUAUUAUAUUAUCCAUCUGGUCUACUCUCGGAAAGAGUGGGGAAUUCUCGAGAAAUCAACAUGAAACGUCACGGGUUUUUGUGCCCUUUGACAUUUAUUUGCGCUUGUGUCCUUAUCGCUGCCGUCUGUUCAGUGAAAGGAGAUUACUGUGAAGUGAAUCUCUGCCAUAACGGAGGGACGUGUGUGACCGGGGUGGGGGAGGACCCAUUCAUCUGUAUCUGUGCUGAUGCUUUUACUGGAGACACCUGCCACCUCAAUGAGACUGGUCCCUGCAUUCCCAACCCCUGCAGGAAUGAUGGGUCGUGUGAGGUCAUCACUCCGACCAGACGAGGAGACGUGUUCAGCGAGUACGUGUGUAAAUGCCAGCCUGGCUUCGAGGGCGUGCACUGCCAGAUCAAUGUGAAUGACUGUGAGAAGCAGCCAUGUAAGAACGGUGGGAUGUGUCGAGAUCUGGAUGGUGACUACACCUGCCUGUGCCCUUCACCCUACGUUGGAAAGCAAUGCCAGCUCCGUUGUAUAUCUCUGAUGGGGAUGGAGGGAGGAGAAAUCGUAGAGUCUCAGAUCUCUGCCUCCUCUGUACACUAUGGCAUUAUGGGUCUUCAGCGCUGGGGUCCAGAACUGGCCCGGCUCAACAACCAGGGCAUGGUCAACGCCUGGACCGCCGCCAACCAUGACAAGAACCCCUGGAUGGAGAUCAACAUGCAAAAGAAGAUGCGCCUAACUGGCAUCAUCACCCAGGGUGCCAGUCGAAUGGGCAUAGCUGAGUACAUUAAGGUCUUUAAAGUGUCUUCCAGCUUUGAUGGUAAGACCUACACCCCCUACAGACCAGCGGGACAGAGGAAGGACAAGGUGUUUGUGGGUAACAUUGAUAAUGACAGCACCAAGACCAACCUGUUUGACCCUCCCAUCGUGGCCCAGUUCAUCCGCGUCAUUCCUGUGGUGUGUCGCAAGGCCUGCACCCUGCGUAUGGAGCUGGUAGGCUGUGAGCUCAAUGUAUAUUCCAACACGACAGGUUGCUCUGAGCCAAUGGGCAUGAAGUCCCGCCUUGUCUCUGAUGGACAGCUCUCGGCGUCCAGUGCCUUCCGCACCUGGGGCAUUGAUGCCUUCACCUGGCACCCACAGUUCGCCCGGCUAGACAAACAGGGCAAGACCAACGCCUGGUCCCCCGCCACUAACAACCGCUCAGAGUGGCUACAGGUUGACCUGGAAAAGACCAAGCAUCUGACAGGCAUCAUCACCCAGGGGGCCAAGGACUUUGGGGUGGUGCAGUUUGUGUCCGCCUUCAAAGUGGCCUAUAGCGACGACGGACAGGCCUGGAACCUGGUGAAGGAUGAGAACACCAACACAGAGAAGAUUUUCCAAGGCAACAUUGACAACAACAUGCAUAAGAAGAACCUGUUUGAGCCUCCGUUCUACGCCCGCUACCUGCGUGUUGUGCCCUGGGAGUGGCAAGAGCGCAUCACCCUACGCAUGGAGCUGCUGGGCUGUGACUACUAGAACUACAUUACCCAUAAUCCACCAGUGCUCCACCCAGUCUCCAUAACGUACCUGUCCACACUGGAAUCAGUCACACCUUCCUCUACACCAGGACAUAGAAAUCUAAUGUAUAGAAUGUACAUUGGGAAAAUGUCAGGUUCUCAUGUUCCAGAACUUUGCAUCAAUCGAAUAUUUUCCAGAUUAAGUCUGCUCUACAGCUUGUAUUUCUACAUAUAUUUUUCAGAUUUUUUAUUCUUCAGCUAAAACUGAUCAAUUCCAAUUUGUUUUUGAUCCUUUCCACAGUGACUGUGGCACAGUGUCAAUUCUAAAUAUAUGGGCUCUCACAUUCUCUUUGAAGAAUUACGGUAUGUCUGAAAUGACAGCCUAUUCCCAAUGUAGUGCACAAUUUUUGACCUAUUGGCAGUACAUGUGCUGUGGUCAAAAGUAGCACAGUAUAGCGAACAUGUCGGACAAACCCUUCCCCCAGCUCUGCCAGUUCCAACACGUUCCAAACACUCACAGUUCUGUGUGAUGUCACUUUGCCAGCCGACCUAGCAGCUGCUUGUCCCGCCGUGCUCUUUGACAUUAUGUAUCCAGGGUGAGAGCCUUCUAUUUACAGCAGUGGUAUUCAGAGUCAGGGUCGCCAAAUAAAAAUAACAUCCUAUCCCAGUCGGCGUGGACUUAAAGACCUAGAAAAUGAAGAGUAGCCAACAGAUUAUUGUAGGGGACAAUAUACGUUUUUGAGAAAGAUUGGUUCUCUUCAUUUUUAUAAGAGAGAUGACAAGACAAUGAAUUGAAAGUUAUUUGUUGAUAUAGGUUGUGUUUUUAGAUUUGGGUUGGAGUCACCAGAAAUUCUGCUGAAAAAAUGGGUUCCCUGCUGAAAAAGUUUGAAUACCACUGAUUUAACACAGGAGGUUGGUGGCACCUUAAUUGGGGAGGACGGGCUCGUAGUAAUGGCUGUCGCAGAAUUAAUGGAAUGGUAUCAAACACAUGGUUUCCAUGGUUUCUAUGUGUUUGAUACCAUUCCAUUCGCUCCAUUCCAGCCAUUAUUAUGCGCUGUCUUCCCCUCAGCAGCCUCCACUGUGAUUUACAGUAAACAAAAGGCUCUUGCAGUCCUGAUGUGGCCCCCAGACCUGGAGUUAAAGACCCCUGGUCUACCAUAAUAUAGAUUAAUUGUAUCGAAGGGAGAGUAGACCCAUCAGCUGGUCGAUAUGAGCACUUAGUAGUAUAUUGAAGCAGGGCCUGUGUGCAAUAUACUUUUUGGGAAAUAGCUGGACAUAAUAAAUUAACAAAUUUGUUAACUGACAAUGGAAUUAUGGUACUGUACAUUACCUAUACUGUAUAUUAAGGAAGGACAUAGUUUUUUAAAGUGAAACUAAAAGCUGCAAAGGAUUGUUCAGUAUGAUGGUGUACCUUUCACACUCGAUCCAUGACGUAAUUAUUUUUUCCAAUUUAGCAGAUUCGUUUAUGUUCUAAUAAUAAUCUUGCAUUCCAAGCGGCCUAAAACUGCUUUUUCCCCAUUUAGCAGAAAUGAAAUCAGACAGACAAGAGACAAGUAGAAAUGAUUGAGUGAGUAGAAAUUAUUAGACAAUAUGUUGUGGUUUGAAUUUUUUUUUUUAAGAAAUCAAAUAUGUUGGUCUUCAACAGACAUCACUAAUUAAAAAAAGUUGAAAAACA